CCAACAUAAUAUACAUGUGGAACUGUGUGGCUACAUUGAAAAACUGUCCUUGUUUAGUUUAGUUUCUUGGUUUGUCUGACUGUCUGCGCUGGGAUAACAAAGCAAUGAAGAUGUUUUAAAAGAUUACGUUCCUCCUGAAAUUAUGGCUGAUGAUAGUGUGAAAAGUGAAGCCUCCGCCCAGCAGGAGAAUGGUAACACAGAUAAUCCCAAGACAGUGAGCAGUAAUGGAGAAGCUGCAGCAGAAAACCAAACUCUGUCCAAAAGGCAAAGGAAGAAGCUUCUGAAGCAGCAGAAAUGGGAAGAGGAGAGGGAGCUCCGAAAGCAGAGACGAAAGGAGAGGAAGCAGCAGCGUCGGCUGGACAGGCAAAAUCAUCAGGAGGAGGAGGGAGGGGAGGGCCAGAAUGUCAGGAAACGUUCACGCAGAGAAGUGACGCCCAGCUCACUGAGGCUGGUGGUGGACUGCAGCUUCGACAACCUCAUGCUGAUCAAGGAUGCCCGGAAACUUCACAAACAGAUCCAGCGGUGCUAUGCUGAGAACAGACGAGCCUUGCAUCCAGUGCAGUUUUAUCUGACAAGCCUGGGAGGACAGCUGAAGCAGAGCAUGGAUGAGAAGGACAAAGGAUGGGUAAACUGGAAGGACAUCAGCAUUAAAACGGAGCACUACAGUGAAGUUGUGGCUAAGGAGGAGCUGGUGUACCUGACGUCAGACUCUCCCAACGUGCUGGAAGAGCUGGACCAAAAAAAGGCCUAUGUGAUCGGAGGCCUGGUGGACCACAACCAUCAUAAGGGGAUCACCUUUGAGAGGGCGAAGGAGCUGGGGAUCGAUCACGCCCAGCUUCCUCUGAGCAGUUUUGUUAAGAUGAACAGUCGGAAGGUUCUUGCAGUCAACCAUGUGUUUGAGAUUAUCCUGGCAUACCUGGAGAAGGGCACCUGGCAGGAGGCCUUCUUCACCGUCCUGCCUCAAAGGAAAGGAGCGGUGGCCGUCGACCAGGACGGAACAACUAUUCAGGAAAAAGAGGAGGAAGAUUCAGACUCUGACUCUGACCCCGACACAUCAGACCAACCUGACAAACGGGUCUAAAUCUUAGUUCAAAAGGACAACUUGAGACAAAGUUCAGGCAUCUGAUGUCUGGAUAUAUUUAUGUUAAGGCUGUGCUUGAAAGAGAGAUGUUUGGGUUUACAAGGUAUCACUUUCUUUCAAAAUUUCUUUUAAAAACAGCUAUUUAUUGAACGUUUUACUUUGUGCCUCCUGUAAUGGGUACUAGCUUAGUUGAACAUUAAUAGGAAUAUGAAACUUCAGUUUUGCUACAUAUUUUGACAGAAUAUACAGUUAUUACACUGAAGGAAAUGAUUUAUACUUCAUUGUUUUUUUUGUAUUGUUUAAAGCUAAAGCUGUCAGGCCUGUGCCAAAUGGACUCAUUUAAAAAAAUAGAAAGAAACCGGGUAAUGUCAACGUAUUAUUGUCACUGACCCUGGAAUCCUUGGAAUAGCUUAAAAACUUUGGGAAUCGAGUCACAAAGAAGUUGGGGAAAUAUCAAGGAAUUUGCAAUUGCGUCUUAAUUUGGGAGAAUGUCACCCUAAAUGAAAGUUCAAGGAGAACUUGUAUUAUUGCUAUAUGCUAUUAGGAGACAGUGAAUUCCUAGUUAAAUACUAAAGAGGAAAUUAUAACCAAAAAAAUGACAUUAAAAUGAUGGAACAAAUUAUGAAAUGGAAGUCAAAACUGAAUGACUAGUACAGCGUGAGCCAGCAGAGAUAAUGUAAAGAGCUCAAAGGGAACAUUUCUACACUGGAUUGUAGAAGCAGGGCUGCAGGAGAUAUGUAGAUAUGGACCUAGUUUGUCUGCGUCAUAGUGUAUGAACAUGCAUAUAUUAAAGGUAAAGGUGAUAUAGAUGUGGUCUGAAUUGGACCCAGGGACAAUAUGUGCGAUACAGGCGAGGCCAAAGCUUGAUGUGUUCAUGAUAAAAGGAGAUUGAGGCUCCUGAGCUAGACCGGGUGCUAACAUAGUAACAUGUAAUGAGUCAAAAGUGGAGUAGAAGAAGCUGGAAGUUAUUCCUGCAUUCUGUUUCCGGGCCCAGAAGAAUCCCAUGUUUGUUUGGUAAUACUGUAUGCAACAUUAAAGUGCGACAUGACCUGAAAUGAUGAGGGCAGAAAGACCUGAAAAUACUUCCAAAUGGACGGCUGUGGACACCAUGGAUGCAUUGUAGUUUGUUUGUAGGCAACAACUACACAUGCACAGACAUAAUCCGUGUCUUUUAGCACAGUGGCUGUGCCUCGCAGCAAAUUGAGGGUACGUGGAUGUCUGCAAGGAGCCUACAUGUACCGUGUCUGAAUUUCCAUCACGCAGACCCGAGCGGAUGCAGAAAGUGUAAUUUUGGCUCCAAGGUAACCAAUGUGUCUCACAGAAGGGCCAGAGAAAAGAAUCUAUGUUUAAGCCUUUUGAUUGUUUCAGUUGAUAUUGUGCUUACACCCUGCAUAACUGAAACAUCAGUACUUAGGGGUCCAUGGCAAGGGCCCCAUAGUAGUUUAACAUGCCUGUGCCUUAACACUGUCCUGGACAGCCCUGGUUGGUCUAGCAGCUACCCCGGAAGUUGUAGUAUCCAUGGUAACAAGGUAACGUGACGCUACACUGGACAAUAUUAGGCUUUAUUUACUUGAAGUUUUAGCUAGUCCGGGUUGUCACCUGUAAUAGAAAAAGCAAAUGUCCCGGAAAGCACUUAAAGUGGUCGUUGAAAUAAACUUCAGAGCGGUAAGAUUUUCUCUCUUCUCUCCUUUAAUUGUUAACCUGCCCCCGCAUGAACACUGGGCUCUGUUAGCACAGGACGGCACACCAAACAACAGUCUAACUACACCUUAGUCUUGGUCUUUUCAUUUUUUCCUUACCUACCGACAGAGACACGUUAGACUUUACGCUUCUUCAUUAUUGUAGCUAAUGUGUUAGUAAUUCUGCAUGCUACUUAGCGUUAGCUAAUGCACUAAAGAUACCAAUUAGCUAGAUUACAACGUUGAGACUGGGUUUCUCUUCCUUACCAACAAGUGGGUCUACGCAGUAACGUUGCUGCUUAACCUACAGUGUAUGUUGUGCAUGAAACUACGAUAUUUAAUUCAGCUGUAAUUCAAUAAUAGGAUGAAUUUGUUGGAACAUUUUCCAUAAAAGCUGGACAUUCAGCUUUAUGGCGUAACGUUCACUGAAACCUGGGAGACUGACACUUCAGUCUGUUUUGUGCUGUUUCACACUUCCACGCCAUGACUGCAUUGUUAGCUCUUCUGCAUCAGCUUUAACAUUAAUACAUCCCCAGCUGGGGAUUAAUUGAGUCUAUUAAGUAUAU